GCGACCCCACAGCCACGCGCGGUCCCGGCGCAAUGGAGCCGGCGCUGGCUGCUCAGAUCAGCGAGGCGGUGGCCGAGAAGGUGCUCCAGUACCGGCGGGACACGUCAAGCUGGAAGAUCUGCCGAGAAGGCAAUGGAGUUUCAGUUUCCUGGAGGCCAUCUGUGGAGUUUCCAGGGAACCUGUACCGAGGAGAAGGCAUUGUCUGUGGCACACCAGAGGAAGUGUGGGAAUGUGUAAAGCCGGCUGCUGGGGGCCUGCGAGAGAAGUGGGAUGAGAAUGUGACCAGCUUUGAAAUUAUCCAAAGCAUCACUGACACACUGUGCGUAAGCAGAACCUCUACCCCCUCAGCCACCAUGAGGCUCAUUUCUCCCAGAGAUUUUGUGGACUUGGUGCUAGUCAAGAGAUAUGAGGAUGGGACCAUCAGUUCCAAUGCUACCCAUGUGGAACAUCCAUUAUGUCCCCCGAAGCCAGGUUUUGUGAGAGGAUUUAACCAUCCUUGCGGCUGCUUCUGUGAACCUCUGCCAGGGGAGCCCAACAAGACCAACCUGGUCACCUUCUUCCAGACCGAUCUCAGUGGUUACCUGCCACAGAACGUGGUGGACUCCUUCUUCCCCCGCAGCAUGGCCAAGUUUUAUACCAACCUUCAGGAGGCAGUGAAGAAAUUCCAUAACUGAUGCUAUCACUUGUUGGCAAAGAACUUCCAGGACUCAUUGAGUUGUUGGGAUACCAGAGAGCCUGGGAGAACCCAAAGGCCUAUAUUCACUCUUCGGGACAAGCUAGUGUGCAGCCCGUCUCGGAGAGCACCAGCCAGAGGCAGCAGCCCACCCCUCCUGCCUCCUUUUCCACUCAGGGUCAGCAUGGGAGGAUCCGUUCAUGUGCUCCAAACUCUGUCUGCCUGUCAUCCCAACACACCUCUGCUAGCAGGGAGGACCCAGACCUCCGGCCACCAGGCUGGGACUCGGCCUGGGCACCGUGUGAUGCAUUGCAGUCCAAAGCUGUUGUGUGCCAGUUAUUAUCAGAGACCGUGUCUCCCUCUUUGUCACAAAGAAUCAUCAUUGAGACUAAAAAUCAGGCCCUGCUGCCUUUUUAGCCUCUAGAGCCCUCUCAGACCUGUGCUGCAGACCCCCAAAUAUAUUUUUCUGAUCUAGAACCCCACGUAUGUUUAACACUGCACAAGAUUUCCCCCCUUAAAAAGAUGACAACUUAGAAAAUGAAGGUGUAGAAGAGGGAUAGCAAUAAGGAAAAAUACUUUCAAUCCUCCUUUUGUUGUAUCUUCCAUUUGAAUCAGUCGGUUUUCUCUCCUUAUCCCCUCUGUAAGUUAACUUUCAUGUCCCUGGUGAAAGAGGCACUUUGAGUCUGUAGCCUGUGGGUGAGUUCUCUUUGGAAGUGACUCUAAACUGAGCAAGCUGCUCAUGUCUACAGUAGAACUCUGGAGAAGAGAGUCUUCUUUCCCUUGGGCAUUCCUUUCCCUGUCCUCUGUUACAGAGGCCGUGGCAGGUGUUCUCUGGCCCCCAGGCUCUGGGCAGGCCAGCUGCCAGCAGGAAGGAUGGAAGAGCAGGCCACCUUCUAGCAGCCCUGGCCGGAACCCCCGCUCUGGAUUCUGCUGCAAGACUGCACAACCCUCAGGGGCCUGCCCACCCCAGCACAUCAUCAGAACCAGGGAGUCAGCCUUGCCACCUGGAAGGGGCCUCAGCAGCCACAUGACUUCUUUUCCCUCCCUUUAAUCAGGGCUACACAAGCCAGAGAGGGGUCCUGUAACAUUCCCUAGCACAGCAACCUCAUCUGUGCUCUCACCGCCUUGUAGGAAAGAUCCCUUGCAUGU